AUGUCUGUGGCCGCAUUGAACCGGGAUACUGCCUUCCAAGCACGGUCUCUGUUCCGUUCUCUCCUCCGUCAAUCGUCGCAAUUCUCCGCAUUUAACUUCCGUGAAUACGCCCGCAGGAGAACGAGGGAUGCUUUCCGCGAGCACCAGAAUGAGAAGGAGGACAGGAAGAUCCAGGAAUUGUUCCAGGAGGGGUUGCAGAACUUGCGGAUGAUGAAGAGGCAGACCGUUAUCAGCCAGUUCUACCAGUUCGACAAGUUGGUUGUGGAGGGACAAGAGACGGGGAAACAAACAGGAGGACAAGGCGAUAUCGUCCGCCAGAAGGAUACUGGCUGGGAUUAA